UUAAAAUCAUUCGUUAGCAAUUAUUAAAAUAGUUGUGUGUGAUUAUGUAAGUCAUGUCAGUGGCUGCUAAACUUAUCGUUAGAGAACUAUCAUGUGUCUGUUCAAAUCUGAGAUAAGUUUAAAAUAUUCUGAAUCAGGCCAGUUUUGACUAUUAAUAUCGUAUGAGUUCGUUCAAUUGUUAUUUUACUGUGCGUCUCGUUACAUUCACAGAUAAAAUUUGAAAUUAGCAAACGGCAUUAUAAUGACUAACGUUAUCAGUCAAUUACCCUUUCAAAACUCGAACACUGCGCAUUGUCUAAAACGUCCUGGUGUCAUUUCACUCGGAAGAACGUUUGAACGAUGUUGUCGCAAGUAAAUCGAAUUCGAUCGAUGCUAAACUCGAGAAUCGUGCGAAUUCUUCGUUUCGUUUCGCGUCUCUUCUUCGACACCCUCCUCCCUCCCGUUCCCGUUAUAACGAACACGUGCGUGCGGGGCAUAUAGCUUUCUUCGAUUCCUCGAUCUAGCAGAGAGCUUUUAUAUCAGCGAAGCCGGUUUCCCUUUCAUAUCCGUGAAAGAACUCACAGGCGUCGGACGCGUUUGUUUCCGAGGAAAACAAUUAUUGUUGUUUUAUAAAAUUCUGUAAUAAUUUCGACAGAGGAAACUGGGCCGGUUGUUUUCUUUUGCCUUGAGAAGAUUAUUUUAAUUACAAUUUCAUUUUCGAGUAACAGGUGUUAUCCUUGAUAGUUAUUUAGUGGAAAAGGCAAGAGAUGAUUCGGCUGAGACUUUUUCCGCGUUACGCAAUUCAUUGUUAAUUGUGUUCCCCCUGUGGUAUUAGUGGAUCCAGAGGUGUUUAAUUAAUUACGAUCGGUUGCUAAGUCGUAUCGUGUUUCGAGCGAAGAGAAGAAAGAAACGGAGUUUCGGUUUGCCGCUGGAUUACGUUUGCUGAAACGCUCUGGAGUACAGCUGGUUGCUAGGCGUUCGCAGUUCGCACAGUUGUCCAUGCCCUUUCAAGAGCGUCUCAUUUACAAUUCAAUUUAAACGAAACGACUCGCGUGUCACGAUCCACUUGACCUUCCGGCAUAAUAACUGGUCAACGCCUGGGACAAACACUUACGCUUGAUUUGUUAGUUCAAACGAUUCGAAAUCGGUUGUGAACAUUCGGCUUCGUUUCAGUUGGAUCCUUCCAUCGAUUGCCGAUUGUUCAACGAGAGUUUCGUUCGAAGAGAAUUCAUUUUAAGAACCAUGAACGACGGAGAAAUGAAGAACUCGAAGGAUUUGGAUAAAUCCAUGGGUCCCACCGAAACGACUCGGUUGAGGCCGAGGCUGGAAACCUUCGACGACGUCCUGCCGUACGUCGGCGAUAACGGAAGAUAUCAGUGGCUACUCUUAUUAGCAUUAGCACCUUUCGGCGUGAUCUACGCUUUCCUUUACUUCUCGCAAUUUUUCAUCACGAUUACCCCUAAAGAGUACUGGUGCAAGAUAGACGAACUGGUGGAAGCGAAUUUCACCGAAGAAGAGAGGAUUCGUUUAUCAAUUCCAAAAGCGGUCGAGUAUCCCUACUACGAUCGGUGUCAUCAGAAAGAUUUGAAUUUCGCUGAUAUCUUGAAUAGCGGCAAGGAUCUACAUUCGCUGGAAGCGAACAGAACGGUUGGAUGCAAUCGUUGGGAGUACAAUUUCACGCAAGUCCCCUACGCCAGUGUUGCAACUGAGCUAGAUUGGGUAUGCGACCGGGAGUACCUGAUAUCAACGGCGCAGGCGAUCUUCUUCUGCGGAUCCAUACUCGGCGGUUUCAUCAUCGGAUGGAUCGCCGAUCACAAGGGUCGCAUCCCAGCUUUGAUGGUCUGCAACAGCCUCGGUCUUCUCGGCUCCGUCGCCACCGCAAGCGCCAACAGUUUCUGGUCUUUUGCUUUUUGCAGAUUCCUCACUGGACUGGCGUACGACAAUUGCAUCGACAUACCGCUCAUUAUCGUGCUCGAGUACAUGGCAGUCGAAAAGCGUACCCUGGUCGUGAACGUCGCCUUCGGGCUGUAUUUCGCGGUGGCCAGCACGGUUUUACCAUGGAUGGCUUAUUACAUCGCGAACUGGCGGUAUUUCACCUACGUUAGCGCCCUACCACUGUUAUCCGUUUUCAUCACACCGUGGAUUUUACCGGAGAGCGCCCGGUGGUACGUUUCCAAUGGGAAGCUCGAUAAAGUCGUAGAGAAGCUACGAAAAAUAGCCAGGAUUAACCGCGUCAAUCCUGACCCACGUAUUUACCAAGAGUUCACUAGUAACUUUGAGACGUCGAGUAGGAAGCACGACACGGCGACGGUGUUCGAUUUGUUCAAAACGCCCCGACUGGCCCGGAACACCGUAUUACUAGUUUUCUUCUGGUCUCUCACGGUGAUAUGCUUCGACGGCCACGUGUAUUCGUUAAAGCUUAUCCAGAGCUCGGUGUUCGUGUCCUUCUCGCUCGCCUGCUUCACGGAACUGCCGGCCGGCUUGUUGCUCGCCUUACUACUUGACCGAUGGGGACGCAGACUCUGCGGAUUUCUGACCCUGGCGAUGACGUGCAUGUUCUCCAUCGCUGAACUCUUGCUGGUUUCCAUGCCUGCUAAGUUAGCUAUGUCAGUGAUGUCGCGGUUCUGCUUAAACAUGGCAGCGAACAUCGGUCUUCAAUACGCGGCUGAAUUGCUGCCGACGCCCGUCAGAUCGCAAGGCGUAUCGUUGAUUCAUAUUUUCGGAAUAGUAGCGCAUUCCAUAACACCGUAUAUUGUCGACACGGCCGCGAUUUGGCAAGGUUUGCCAAUGCUUAUAAUCAGCACGGCAUCGUUCAUGGGUGCAAUGCUGGUUUUGUUCCUACCGGAAACCUUGGGUCAGAGUCUGCCGCAAACGAUCAAACAAGGUGAAGAGUUCGGAAAUGACCAGAGUUUUUGGUCAUUACCUCAGCGUAAGAAGUCGCACUUCAACGGGCUUGCGCAUUACCAUUCCUGCGAACGAUAAUCGGCAACAUUCCAGCUUUCGAUCAGCCAAUAAUUCAAUUAAUAGAAAUGCAAGCACAGGAAAGGAAUGAGGAAAUUAAGACUUAUUAUUAUAUUCGAUUUUCGUACGAGAGAAUCGAACGUUUUUCUGUAUUCUUAUUUUUAAUUCUAAUUCUGAAUGGCGAUAAGCCAAGCCCAGUACACGUGUUCCUAUAUAAUUAUUACUAGUUACUUUUUAUAUUAAGAGCUUUUUUUUUUAAUCCUCAUUAUAAUUGUCGCGAUACGGUCCGGUAGUUGGUGAAAACUCUUUUUUAUAUCGUCUGUUUUAUAAAAGUAGAUCGGACAAAAAUUUAAUUAAAGAAAUAAAGCGUUGAAUUCUUUUUAGCUAGGAAAGUGCAAUGUUCGCUGGUUAACGAACGUUUUAAGUAAGGACUACUUUUUUUUAUGCAAAAGUAGUAUCUCAUUCAAGUAAUAUCAUUAAGGAUAUCAACUGCUGGACUCAUUUAUCCAAAGAUAACGUUAAAAGUGAGGAAUUUAAACGACUGUUACUCUACCAUUUAGGAAUAUUUUAAGCAGAUUGUGCCAUCGAAUGAAAGGCCAAUGUCGUUGCGUAAAUAAUAAUAAUAAUAAAUCGAUCGGUCUAAAAGAUA